UUGUUCUAAAGUUCUGCCUAUGUUUCUUUCCUGGGGUUCUGUUAGAAAGGUUAUUGGUGGAUGGUGGGGUUUUCAACUAACAUAUACCUCUAUCAAGGACAUGGGUAUCCCCUGUAGUCUUUGUUUGUUGUAGCCGUUUAAAGAUUGUAAAAUCUCUUUUUCCUGAUAUGGGGGAUCACUUUGUUUUGCUGGUUGAUCGAUUGUUGACGGAGACGACAUUAGAAGCAGCGAUUGAGAGCCGAAAGCGAUUGACUGAAGCAACGUCCUCUGCCAUGGAUGGUUUGAAGGGGGACAGUUCUUGCCCAGAAAUGGAGUUUGAGAAUAUACCGUUUCCAAAGAAAAUUGUGGAAUGUAGAAUAUGCCAGGAUGAAGAUGAAGACUCGAACAUGGAAACACCUUGCUCGUGCUGUGGCAGCCUUAAGUAUGCACAUCGAAGAUGCAUACAGAAGUGGUGCAACGAAAAGGGUGAUACAAUUUGUGAGAUAUGCCGCCAGCAAUUCAAACCAGGUUACACAGCUUCUCCUCCAUUAUUCGAAAUGGGGCGUAUUCCAAUGAGCUUCAGGGGGAACUGGGAGAUUUCUCGAAGGAACUUGGAUAGUUCUAGCUAUAUAGCAAUGGUUUCUUCAAACCGCAAUGUUGUUGAUACCGACUAUGAUGAGUUCUCAGCUUCUGCUGCAACCAGCGUGCUAUGCUGCCAUUCAUUUGCUAUUGUUUUUGUACAACGAAACUGA